CAAGUUGUUACAAACGUAUUCAAACUGAAAUUGUUUGAACUAGGAGUUAAUCAUGAGUAGAUUUGGAUAGGAUUUCAACGUUUUGCGUCUACCGACUUUAAGAGGCAGUAAGCUCACCUACUUUGUAUUGAGAAUUGAUACCGCCAAUUCAAGUGUUUUGGUAGGUGGAGAUUUCCAGUUCCUCUACGUUACACUAAUGUGAUUCUAUUUGAACGAUGUCAAAUAAUUUUAGAGAUCUUGAUAUAUCCAGAUUAACUCACCAGUCAUUGAAGGAUAUGGGAAAUCAGUUGUUUAACUCAUGUCAAUAUAACGAAGCAGUUCAGUGCUAUACACAUGCCAUUGCCCAACAACCAAGCAUUUCGUCGUACUAUUCAAAUAGGGCGUUGUGUUAUAUUCAAAUGCAAGAAUAUUCCAAAGUUUUAUUGGAUUGCAGAAAAGCAAUCGAUUUAGAUCAAAAUAAUCUAAAAGCUCACUUCUUUGCUGGACAAGCGCAUUUAGGUUUAAACCAAUAUGAAGAAGCAUUAACAAAACUUGUCCAUGCUCAUAAUUUAGCUUUGGAACAACACCGUAACUUCGGAGAUGAUAUAACUUCAGUUAUCCGACUGGCUCGAAGAAAACGUUUUGAAGCUAUGGAUGAAGAUAGAAAAAAAGAAGAAAUUUCUUUACAAGUAUACUUGAAUAACUUAAUUUUGGAAGAUGCUGCCCGCCAAAAAAAAGUAGUUUUAUCUAAAUCCGCUGGAACCAAUGGUUCUCUUCCAAAAAUUGAAUCAGCUGAAAACGUGUCUAUUAAUUCGUUAUCAGUGGGAGAUCAUGAUCUUGAAAACAUCCCACAACAGCAUCAAGAAAUUAUUUCAAAAAUAGAUAAUACUGCUCAAAAAUACAUUUCAGAGCUUAAUGAACUAUUCAGUAAGGUGGAUGAACGUCGAAAAAAACGUGAGGUUCCAGAUUAUCUUUGUGGUCGUAUUAGUUUUGAUCUAAUGAGAGAUCCUGUCAUUACACCUUGUGGAAUUACAUAUGACCGGCCGUCAAUCAUAUCUCACCUGCGCCAAGUUGGACAUUUUGAUCCUGUUUCACGUCAGCCUCUGGUAGAAGAUCAGCUUAUACCAAAUUUGUCUAUGAGGGAGGUUGUGCAAGCUUUUCUAAACGAAAAUCCUUGGGCUGAAACAUUAUAAGUAUUACAUAUGUUAAACAAUCGUAUUCGUUUGGAGAGUUUUUGUUACGUUGCAUCUUCACUUCUAAACCACUCUGUUUUACAGUUUUCUUUAUCUUUUGAAUUACACUAUAUUUUUUGCUGUAUCACUGCGUUAUUUAAAUGAAAUUGUUAACUCUGUAAUCUGAAUUUUGGAUUUCCUUGAAAAAUAUAAAUCAUUUCUGUUGUUCAUUAAUUAUUCGAAAUCCAAAUAAAUACUUAGUUACUU